CUUUCACGCGCUCGGCGCUUCACUCCGACCAGCUCCGGUGCUGCGCGUCACGCAGUUUCUCUGUACCGCAGCUCCGAUUCAGUAACUUUACGCGUUUCAGGAUCUGUAAAGGCAGUGUUGCUCAGUACGACUCGGGGCUGUUUUUACGCCUGCGUAACUCAGCGCUUUGCCUUCUGUGUGUUUGCGGUUCUCUCAUUUGUUUCUCGUUCAGUUUGGAGGCGACGCGGAGAGCGAAACUGCGCUUUGAAAGAGGACCAGAGCAGAAACGCAGGAGCAGCUCACCCUCACUCUGCCCUCGUGAUCUCCUGCAUAUGUGUGUGUGUGUAUGUGUGUUGCUCAUGCAUGCACGGAUGUGACAUGUUUUAAUUCUGAACUUUCAUUCGUGAGAAGGUGCAGUAUAAAAAAAUCGUGCAAAACAGUUUGUCGGCGAGGGAACAAGGAAGUAUAAAGGAUUGUAAAAACAGGGACUGUGAACAGCUUUUAUUUGUUGAUUUGGGUGGAUUUUGUAUUUCUUGUUUCUCCGGUAACUGCUCCUAGAAGGGAUGCGCUUCCACUCCGCCCGGACUACAGACUGAAAGCCGGCACGCGCAGUCGCUGCAGCGGUGCUUUAAUAAAUCCACAGUUCUCCUUUGGCACUGUAACAGCUCUUGGACAUCUUCAGAGAGGGAACAGUUUAUGCACAGACCUGUGGAAGUGUUCAUCAAGGAUCACAUGUGAGUUGGCUGCCGGUGUUUAUUUUUUUGUUUUUACACCUGGAGCUCGUGCCCCCGGACAGACCCCGGUACCGCGUGCCCGAUUCAGGACUGUGCUGCGCGCUUGAGGUUGUUGGAGAUGGCUCCGGUGGGGACGCUGCUGAUCGGGGCUGUGUUAGUGUGGGUGUCGGUGUUGGGUGAAGAACCAGCCGCUAAAGCCGUAGCUGACCGAUACGCUGUCUACUGGAACCGCACGAAUCCCCGAUUUUACCGAGGUGACUACCACCUUGAUGUGUGCAUCAAUGACUAUCUGGAUGUCUACUGUCCUCACUACAUGGACUCCGUGCCGGAGGAGAGGACCGAGCGCUACAUGCUGUACAUGGUCAACUAUGAUGGCUACAGCUCCUGCGACCACACAGCUACGGGCUUCAAACGCUGGGAGUGCAACCGGCCAUACUCUCCCAACGGGCCUCUCAAGUUCUCUGAGAAGUUUCAGCUCUUCACACCAUUCUCGCUGGGCUUUGAGUUCCGACCAGGCAGAGAAUACUACUACAUAUCCUCUACGGUCGCUGAAAAUGGGAGAAAGACCUGCCUGAGGCUGAAAGUUUUCGUCAGACCAGCAAACAACUGCGUGAAAACUGUCAGCGUUCAUGACCGGGUCUUUGACGUCAAUGACAGUAACUCAAUAGAGCCCAGAGACGAUACGAGCCACGAAUCCGCCGAGCCGUCCCGAGGGGACGUCAAUUCUGCUGGACGUGUACAUAUGGCUAGUCUCCCGCUAGCCUCGGCCCUGAUCAUCCUCAUCUCUCACAUAUCGUUAUAGCGGCCUACGUGAGCGUGGGUGCAGUAACAGGUCCCAAUCUUAACGCAGAAGAGGACUCUUAAAAGAGCACUUUUUUAAAAAGUAGACAUCAGAUGUCCUCAUUAUCUCCACUGAGAUUCAGAACGUGUUCCUCUAAUGAGAAGACACUAGAACUCCAGACGAUGUGAGUGGGAUCUUCUCAUCCGGGAUUCAUUACAGGAUCUUGGAGGAUAUCGGUACACUACCCAGAUACAUGUAUAUGCAUACACACAACUUCUUUCAUCGCGCAAUGACAUACCUUAAAACAGAAGGCUGAAAAGACAUGUAUACUCAUUAGUUUUUUUGGGGUUUUUUUGGACAUUAUAUUUGUAUAAGGAAUGGCAGACUCCUAUCAACACGAGCCAGGUGUCUGAUUUCUGGAAACAUGGGAACAUUUUGGACACAACUGUGUACAGGACUGAUGGAGAACUGGUUUCAGAGUGUACCUUCUAAAAAAAAAAAAAAAAAAAAAAAAAACAGAAAGAGAUAAUUUUUAAUGGGACGAGUCUUUACCUGAGGACUUUCUUGUUGUUUUUAAGGAGUUUUCUUAUAUAAAAAGAAAUAAGCACUCGUCUGUUUUGUACAUUGUGUACAGUUUAAAAAGCAGAAUACAACAAAGUGGAGACUGUAUUCUUGAAGUGAAUAAGUGCUCAAGUGUAGUAGCAACAGUGGUAUUUUGUUAUAGAGUUUGGAGCCUCAAUGAUCAAUUGUUUAAAUGAACAUACUUAUUUGUUUGACAAAAAGCAUUUUUUCCCUAUUUAUUACUCAUUAUUUCACCCACUGCCACUGCAGCUAAUAGUGAGGUUUCACCCUGCGUUCACACUAGCAAUCAGCAAUGUAGGCGUAAAGAGUAAAACACUUGGGUUUGUGAUGUUAUGGGAAAAUAAUCAACAAUGGGAUGGAGUGAUGUGACACAAUGGAUCAUUUUCCUAUAGCAUCAUGUAAUAUUUAAUCCUCUUUUUACCUACUACACUACAUUCACUUUUUAUCCAUUUAUAGUUACAUUUAAUAUUAAUGGAACACCCACAAACUUAGUUCCUGUUAUCACUUACAUUGUGCCCUCACCAGACUCUGUUUUUUCUCUUUCAUGUGAACUGAAUAAGAUAAAAAAAAACGAAGCUUGUCAGGUCUAAACUUUCCUGUGUCAGAAAACUUAAACUUACACCUUUACAUCUGACUGUGCUAAAGUGCUAGAGACUCCAUGCCAUUCCAUAAAUAAUAAAUAAAUCUCCUUACAGAAAGCAUCACCUUAACAGCAAUUUCACACGCUUUUUUUUUGGUUGUAUUUUUUAUGUUGCUGUUUUUUAUUAUUUUAAAAUUAUGUGGCGUGUCCAGCAUGAAAGUCCCUAUGAAUGAGAUGUUAUAUAUAACAAAAACUCUAACAUAUAAGAACAAGCGCAUUAACAUACACAAGUGAUUUGUAGCUGCACUACUGUCAGGGUUGCUGUAUAAAAGAUUAAUCAACACCUCUGACCAAUCAGAACCAAGAACUCAACACUGCUGUAGUAUAAGCGCUGAUCAGAAAUGGUACUGUUCAAAAUGUUUACAGGUUACUGUAUAUCUUCUACAGCGGCAGUGGUUAAGAUGUUGGGUUUAUGGUCACAAGCUCAAACCCCCCUUCUGAGCUCUUGAGCAAGGCCCAAGCAAAGCAUCAGCUGCUCAGUUGUAUGGAAGAGAUACAUGUAAGUCGCAGUGGAUAAAGGUGUCUGACACGUUUAAAAUCUAGUACAUUUGUUCCAAAUGCUGUUGAAUUGGAAGGAACUGAAAUUGUGAGUAUAGAGAGAAAGAGAGAUAGACACUGGCUAACCCUGCACAAUGAUUGGUUCAAGGAAUCUACAGAACACAAUCACUUACUUAAAGCCUUAUAUAUGAAAUCACACACAUAUCCACAUUUUAUCAUUCUUUAUUCAUGUCUUAAUGCACAGCUGAGUUUAUUCAUCACAUCUGAAACUGCUUAGUGUCCUAAUGAUGUAUCUUAACCUGUAAUAAUGGCUUUAUCCCAUUAUCCAUUGUACAUCCAGUUUGUACAGCGCAUAAUUUCCGACACAGGAUUGGAUUUCUUGCUAAUUUGUGUAAAUCGGAUAGAAUCCCAAUUCAUUUUUUCAUUGGAAUCACAGCUUUGUGUCAUAAAACUUGCACAGGUAUGAUUGAGUUUGCUUGCUAGUGUGAACGCAAGGUAAUGAAAUACAUAUUUUUUAAAAAAACACAUUGGGUUUGUAGCCAUAAUCUGAGUUAGAUGUUUGAGGUUUAGACAUUGCCAUCUUUUUCCAGUGGUUUGAACUGACUAAUUGACUGAUUUAAAAUUUAAAGUCUAUGAUGGGAAUAUGGUGAAGAUUUCAAUGUGCUAUCAUUAUCACAUGUUGCAGAUGAAACAAAACAAAACAAUAAAGCGUAACGCCAUGCAUAUCUGUGCACGGUUUAAAGCGUCAGGGCAAUUUUGAACAUCUUGAGUAAGUGUAUAAAUCAUUAUCUUAAAGACAUUAAAGUGUUCAUUUAACAUGUCUAAGUUUCGCUCUCAGCUUCUUAAAGACGUAAACAUGAUAUGUGCAUGGCGAGGUGAUGCUGACAGAGCAGUACACUGUAGCCGGCCCUGGUGGCAGCUGGAGGCCUGAAGUGAUUUAAUAGACUGUUUGAAGUCGUCCAGGAUGACAGGAAUGCAAGCCACAUACUGUGGCCUCGUGUGGGUCAUUUCUGGAAUUAAAAAUCGACUGGCGCGUCAGACCGUACCGGUGUCCACUUCAACGGUAGGCUAGCGUUACUGACACGAACUCGAACUAGUGGGGGAGGGGGACAAAAGUCUUUGUUGCAAUCGAUAGUAAUGGGCUUUGCAGAUUGAAUAAAAUGGUAAAUAUUUGCCUCAGUCUCUGUGCCGGUUCCGAUUUCCUGCACGAUACAGUUAGAGUGUGAGUGACUGAAGAGGCUGUAGCUUUUAAAAAGUCCUCUGAAGAUGAAAAGAUUGAAAUAGAGCAUUUGUUAAAGAACAAGGAAGACAUCGAAUUUAAAAUGAAAUGUCUACAAUUUUAACCUUACAACAAAUCAUCCAUGUUUUAAUGUUGCUUUUUAAACGUAACUAAACUAACCACAUGAAUUUUAUAGCUAAUGAUCCUUGCCUUAAAACCGCAGUCACGUUUGAAAUUUGCAGUUUUACAAAAUAGUCUGAACAAUAAAACUGGACUUUUGUCCGUACAAUCUCAUUCCUUUCAGCUUCAACAGAGCAACUUUUUAUAGCUCUGCCUCUUCUUUUUCAAAUUUAGUGUUGAGCUACAGUAACAAAACAACUCAAGAAAAAGAUGAAAAUUUUUCACUGAAAGAAAACAGAUCUGUUGAUUGGAGAUUGAUUGCAGUGUGCUGCUGUAACGAAACAAUCUUUUUUUUAAUAACAUAGGAGAAUAUUGAUCCUAAUUUUAUGGAUACUGUGUAUCCGUAGGUUGUCUAUGUGAUAUAUGCUAUACAGUGAUAAUAGGAGCGAGACGUUUAACAUACAAAAAAAAAAAGAUGCUAAAGUACAGUGUUCAUGAACAUGUUGAUUUCUUUUAUAUGUGAUGCUAAUGAUUUUCCUGUGCAUGAUUUUAGUGGUGUGCUGGAUCAAUAAAAAAAAGUAAGGGUGAUUUUUACUUUCAUGCAGGUGGAUAUGAAGCUUGCAGAAGAAAAGGACACAGAAAGGUCAUGAUCAUUAACAUGAGAGCGUGUAGAGAGCUUGUGCAGCGAUACAUGACAAAUUUACAACAUUCAUUCUUUCGUUUGUUCUUUCUUUUAUUUUCAAUAACUGCUUUUUCCCAGACAUAAUGGCUUACACGAAUAAUUUUUUAAAUAUUUUUGGGAAUCUUGUCCGCUAAGUUUGUUAAAAAAUAAUAGGCAAGCCAAAAAAUAGCUAUGUAGUCAAUACAGUUUGACCAUAACCCCUUAACCUCCCGAGCCUAGCUCUGAACUCCCUGUCGUGCACAUUUUAGCAUAUUCCCUGCUCUAACACACUUACUUCAACUCAGGGGCUCAGGAAGAGAGUGUGUUAGAGCAGGAAAACACAGAAAUACACAAGACAGGCAGGUUCUUUAGAACCAGGUUGAGUUAAGCGAAUAUGAUAUACAUGUAGAUAGUGAGGAAUCGACGUCUGAACCACUUGAGUGCUUAUUUAGGGUUUAAGGGGUUAACCAUGAAUUAGCCUUAUUAAAUAAGAAGAAGCAAUGCAUCUCCAAAAUCCUUGUAUCUGCAACAUGGCAAAAAUUUCUGUCAUAUGAUACAACUGCUGUUCAGUGUUGGCUGUAACUUGUCACUUCAUUUCUGUAUAAAAAAGUACCUGUUAAAGGGGUAAAGAAUUGACAGUGGAAUGACGAUGAUGAUGACGGUGAUGAUGAUGAUGAUGAUGAUGAUGGUCUUGUCUGUUUUAACUUUAACCAAGCAUGAAUCAUUGCACCCAUUAUUGUUUUGGAUUGUUGCAUUUCCCCUUAGCACUGUGACAUGAUCACGUAGUAUGUAGAUUCACACUCACCUGUUUCAGUCAUGAGCCGUCUUCAAGAAGUCUGGCUCGGUUCCUCCGCACGCCCCGGCGCUGGUCACCUUCACCUGAUGCUUGAGAUCUUCUGCUUUAUGUUACACACAUUUUUAUAUCCUCAAAUGCCAUUGUUUGUAAAUACACUUGUCAGAGCAGCUAAAACUAAUUAAAAAAAAAAAAGAUUCAAUAAAUCUGUCAUUGUUGUAAA